AAUGUACACUUGUCAUUUUUCUGUCAUUGGAGAUUUCUUGAGAUCGGGGGCAAAAGUGCUUUUUGUGAUAAAUUAGUUAGAUAUCUCAUAAAAUAUGGCAGAUACCGCUACUGAAAUACCUUUAGAUAUUGGGGAUAGUGUGCGGGAGUCUGUUAAAAAUGCUACAGAGAAGGUGCCCUCGAGUAUCGAGGGUAUCGCUAUUGCCUACCUGAGUUUAGUUGUUAUGGCUAUUUUGCCGAUAUUUUUCGGGUCUUUUAGAUCAGUGAAAUACCUGAAGGAGCAAAAGGAAUCCGGCGAGAAGCAUGAGACGAUGUCGAACAAGGACGCGCUGAUGUUCCCGCUGAUCGCGUCAUGCGCGCUGUUCGCGCUGUACAUCUUCUUCCAGUUCUUCUCCAAGGAAUACAUCAACCUGCUGCUCACCGGCUACUUCUUCUUCCUCGGAGUGCUGGCCUUGAGCCAUCUUCUGAGCCCGAUCAUCGCGUUCAUGGUCCCGGUGUCGAUUCCCAACGUGCCCUACCACAUCCACUUCACGCGCGGAGCCGGCGACGCUAAGUCCGACAUCGUGAAUUACAAGUUCACGUCGUAUGACGUCAUCUGCGUUCUCAUCUCGCUGUGCCUCGGCGCCUGGUAUCUGCUGAAGAAGCACUGGAUCGCCAACAACCUGUUCGGCAUCGCGUUCGCAAUCAACGGCGUGGAACUACUUCACCUGAACAACGUGGUGACAGGCUGCAUCCUGCUGUGCGGACUGUUCCUCUACGACAUCUUCUGGGUCUUCGGCACCAACGUCAUGGUCACCGUCGCCAAGUCCUUCGAGGCGCCCAUCAAACUGGUGUUCCCCCAAGACAUCCUGGUCAACGGCCUGCAGGCGGACAACUUUGCGAUGCUCGGACUCGGCGACAUCGUGGUACCGGGGAUCUUCAUCGCCCUGCUGCUUCGCUUCGACAAGAGCCUGGCGCGUGGCUCCGAGCUCUAUUUCCGCUGCACGUUCGCAGCAUACGUAGCUGGUUUACUGUGCACCAUCGCCGUAAUGCACGCCUGGCGUCGCGCUCAGCCUGCCCUGCUGUACCUCGUGCCGCUGUGCCUGGCCACGCCUCUCCUGCUCGCGCUGCUCAAGGGCGACCUCAAGGCGCUGUUCAACUACGAAGAUCAACCCGCUGAGAAGCCCGACAGCAAGGCGGCCAAGAAGAACGAGUAAAGACCCCGCUGUCAAUCUCCCGGUCCCUGUGUCCCCUAGUCUCCUGGUCUUCGGGUCUCGGGUCCUCAGCACAAAGCGGCGCCCUCUAAGUACAUACAUACAUACCAGAGUAAAUACAAAUGAGUAGGUCAUCUUCAUAGAAACGCACGGGCGCGGUUUUUAUGUAAGCACGCCAAUACGUAUGCAGCGCGCACGCACAAGAUGACCUACUCAUUUGUAUUUACUCUGUACAUACGCUAGGGCUUGGAUACCGUUUUCAACACCUUCAUUGAUUUGGGUAUCGAAACUAUUAAAUUUAUUGUCAGGGUAAUUCUAGUAAAACACGUGUAUUUUAAAAAAUAUUGAUUCAGGUUACCGGUGGGACAGAUAUACAAGGCUACCGGUACAACGCGAUCUGGUAUCCGAGCCUGUGACACCCGCGGAUAUGUUUUAUUUUUGUAUCUCGACGCUACGGGACCAUGGCACGUGAUUCGGCUCCACACGUCGCCAUUUUAAUUGAACCGCAUUUGUUUACAAAAGUGCGUUUAUCGAUAUGUUUUAAUUGUAAUCUUGUCGGAUGACGAGUGUCUUCCGCCUCCAUCUUCCAUUGUUUCGUUCCGGUAUGGUCUAGUGUAGGCAUGACAAGGCUUUUUGCGCAUAAUUGUAGGUUGUAUGUUAUAGCCAUAGAAAUUAAUUACAUGUUUGAAAACCGCGAUGCAUGACUAUGAAUAUUUUUUAUAUGCGACUUUUUUCCUUUAAAGCUUCUAAUUUAUGUUAAGGUUUUUAGCCGAAAUCAUUGUAUAUAAUGUUUUGUUUCCUAGAAAAAUGUGAACAUAUUAUUAGUUUAAUAAGUUUAUUUUUGUUAUAUGAAUUUCUUUGAAUUAUACAUAACCGGAACUUUGUAGCCCGUUGAGUUACCGAUCAGUUAUAUUUCUUCGCUGUUGUCAAAUAAAGUUCUCUUAUUUUAAAUUUUAGGUAGGUGGCAUGUAUAUCAUAAUAAUGAACUUUUAUACAUAAGAAUUUUACAUUAAAGAAUGAAUUGGAACGGCCAAGCCGGUAGACAUCGGGUGUGAAGGAUUGUAAUCGUAAGGCAUUUAUAGAAUAUUUAAACGUAUGUAUAAUCAAUUAUGUAACGAUAUCUUCUAGACAUAAAUCCGUAGUAUCAAAGUAUGUCUGUAGCUCAAUUGUCCCAGACACAUAUUUUACUAAAUAUUUAACGAUUUUCGGUGCAGUGAUUUUCAGUUUUAAUUUCGUCUUUAUUUUGAGAGAAAAUCUUUGAUUUAUCCACUUUUAAUAAUUUAUGGUCACAUUCGCAACUAUGCAUUUAUUUCCUUGUUAUUGUCACUAUUGUGAGUAAUUUUUGUGUAUAUUUUGUCUUAGUUUGUAUCAAGUUGAGAAUCACUGCUCUAGGAAUCGUGUUUUAGAAAUUAUCAGUGCAAUAUCCAUUUAUAUGUGUCCAUUAUAUGUAUUUUAUUGUCAAAUCAGGCAACCGGUAUAGAUCGGUUUUUAUACUGAUACCGAUUUAACGUGACCGUGCUUCCUCAAGAGAAGUGACGUUCUGUUUUUUAAAAACGAAAAUAUUUAUUACCUUCCGGUUGUCUGAUGAUUAGAAUGAUCGAUGUCGAUAACUUCCCAACAUAAUAAUGUGUACUUACGUAUUUAGGAUAACAGUCUUAACGUUGUACGAGUAUGACUAAGGCCGGCAAUACACGGACAGCUCGAGCAGUUAGUGAUCAACAUACACGGACCGCUCCUGCAGUCAAGAGUCAACAGCUUGAAGCUGCCAGCGAUAACUGCUCGAGCAGUUGGUAUUAACUGCUCAACAAAUCACAAGCGCGCGCGCCGUGGCAUGAAGAAAGUGGGCGGAGGUAACGGCGCGAUAGCUGUCGACAGCUCGAGCAGUCAGUGUAUGGCUGGCGACUGCUUGACCGCACGAUGAAAAUUCACCGUGCUGUCGACCGCCCGAAUCAGUUGCAACUGCUCGAGCGGUUCGUGUAUGUGCGUCUAUAGAACUCUGCAGUCGCAGCUUGAAGCUGUCGACCCUGACUGCUUCAAGCGGUCCGUGUAUUGCCGGCCUAAGGUGAUGUUUAUUUGGCGACAGCGCCAUUGGUAAGGUUCAGUACCAGAUGAAAUCUAAAAUAAAUGACCUCACCAUGUGUCA